GCUUCUCAUGAAUAUGAAGUGAAGGGCUCUGACCCAGAAAGUGGUUCUGAGCAGGGUAAAAUGGGGUCUCGGAAAUGUGGAGGCUGCUUAAGUGGUCUGCUGAUUCUGCUUGCACUUUGGAGCAUAAUUGUGAAUAUAUUAUUGUAUUUCCCAAAUGGGCAAACUUCCUAUGCAUCCAGCAAUAAACUCACCAACUACGUGUGGUAUUUUGAAGGAAUCUGUUUCUCAGGUAUCAUGAUGCUUAUAGUAGCAGCAGUUCUUCUUGUAUUGGAGAAUGAUAGCAACUAUAAAUGUUGCCAGAGUGAAAACUGCAGCAAAAAAUACAUGACACUACUGUCGAUGAUCUUUUCUGCCCUUGGAAUUGCUUUCUCUGGAUACUGCCUGGUCAUAUCUGCUCUGGGCCUCGUUCAGGGUCCCUACUGCCGCACACUGGAUGGCUGGGAGUAUGCCUUUGAAGGCACUGCAGGACGUUUCCUUACAGAUUCCAGCAUAUGGACCGAGUGCCUGGAACCUGCACACGUAGUGGAGUGGAACAUCAUUUUAUUUUCUAUUCUCAUAGCUCUCAGUGCGCUUCAAGUGAUUGUUUGCCUCAUCAGAGUAGUCACUCAGUUAUCCAAGAUACUGUGUGGAACCUAUUCGGUCAUCAUCCAGCCUGGAAUCAUUUGAAUGACAACAAAAAUAUUUUCCACUAUCAAGAUGCCAUCCAUCUGUCUCAUAUCUACUGUAUAGACCUUAACACAAUAUUUAAAUGAUGGUGAUUUCUCCAUUUGGUGUUUUUUGAGCCUGCUUAUAAAAUUGAUAGUCCUCCCUGAAAGUGCCAACUAUGUCACCCUUCAAUUUGGAAUUUUUUUCUAAGCAAUAUGUGCCAGGAUCUCUAGGAACAUCCAUAUUCUUUGGUCAAACAAAUCCAUUUCCAAUAAUCUAUACUAUGGAACUAAAUAAGAAUAGAAGAUAAAACUUUAUGCAAAUACAAAUAAUACAAUAUUAUUUAAUAUUCUAGAAAAUUAGAAGUACCCCAAAGUUAAACUUUAAGGGAAGGACUAAAUCAAGAGUAGUACAUUAGUUGUAAUAUUAUAUAGUCAUUACAAAUUAUGAUACACAGUCAGUACAAAUUAUAUUUUAAGAUUAUGAAUACUGUUAGUUAAAAAAGCAGAUUACAAAUUUAUGUUUACAGUAUAAACAUAACCAUCCAAGAUAAACACCAAAUAAUCAAAAUUUAGGAGAAAAACUCAGUCUAGAAGGAUUUACAGAAAAAUGUCAACUGUCAUUUGUCUGGAUGAUAGGUGACCCUUCCUACUUUUCUCUAUUUCCCAAGUUUUCUUUAUCAUGUUUUAUAAUUAAAACAUUUUAAAACUCAUAUUUUUACUAUUAAAAAUGUUUGCUUUUAUCCAUCCUUUAAAGAUAUAUGCUUUUUCCACAUGUUUUCCCACCAUGAGUAUCUGUAAACAUCAUAAAAUAAUGCUUCAACCCUUCAAUAAGGAAAGUAUUGAGAUAGAAAAGAAAAAAAAGG